UUUGCAGUCCCUCUUGUAGCUUAAUGCUGGGAAGCAAAUAUAAAAGCUCCUGGAAUCAUAGUUGUGUUUCUUUAAAUAUAUAUGUUCAUUGUAUUGUCUGUAUAAUUAUACACUGAGGCUUGUCGACACAACGAUGGAAAAAGUUGACGGUAUAACCCGGGAGUUUUUAACGAACGCCGCGCUGGUUUAUAGGGAUGUGUGUCCAGAGCAGGCGCGUUUCCUUAUGAGGAAGCAGCAGAUUAAGGGACUUCCCCUGUCAGCCACAGAUCUGUGCCCGUUUUGUUUUCAGUGGCGCCAGCCUGGAGAGUACCACGUGCGAUUAAAGCCCAAGUGCAGACCCACGCUGCGGAUCAGGAAGCUGCUCAGGAGAGAGCAGGCCCGCAAGAGGCUCAGCUCAAGGGAAAUCAAGCUUCUCCAGAGGUUCAGAAGGGCUUCUAAUGUUCUGUUGGUUACCUGCAACACUUGUAAUAAGACGUCCAGGCAAACUGGGAUGAACCGGAAUUUUCUGGGGACCUUACCAAAGAACACCCCGGUGAGCGUGUCAAAAUGUAGGACUCCUCAGUCUGCUAACAAAAUGACACCGAAGCCCAACCUCCGUGACAAAACACCAAGCAGAACACCAGUAUCGAGAUCAUCUGAACGCACCGUCGCCUCGACGUCAGGCGGCAAGAAAGAAUCCGCCUUCUCGCGUCUUAAGAAGAUUCUGAUGAUUGAAGGCGUCCAGAAGAGUAAGAAAGGGGGCCUGAAAGACUUCCUCACUUCUCUUUAAGAAUCAUGCGGACCGCCGAGCCCAGAAACCCGACAGCGACGGGGUCGGGAUGAGAUGGUUUAGAGCGUCAGGCUUGGGGCGGAGCAGAGCAGAAGACUCACUCUAGUGUGCACCGCUGUGACACCUGGUGGAUGACUUCAAGUCUAACACCUGGUUUACAAAUGUGAGGCCUGCUUACUUCAAAGGUCUUCGACUCCGGUCCAAGACUAGAGAAGAUGAUGAGAGAAUUUUCCUUGUUUUUCUUACAGAGAAUCCCACAUUUUACUCUCUUGUGGUUUAACGUUCAUGUCAGCCUAGUUCAUC